AUGACGGGCAAAGCCGGGGAGGCGCUGAGCAAGCCCAAAUCCGAGGCAGUGGCCAAGAGUACCUCGGGGGGCGCCCCGGCCCGGUGCACAGGGUUCGGCAUCCAGGAGAUCCUAGGCUUGAACAAGGAGCCCCCCAGCUCCCACCCGCGGGCUGCCCUAGACGGCCUGGCCCCCGGGCACCUGCUAGCGGCUCGCUCUGUGCUGAGUCCGGCGGGGGUGGGUGGCAUGGGGCUGCUGGGGCCCGGGGGACUCCCCGGCUUCUACGCGCAGCCCACCUUCCUGGAAGUGCUGUCCGACCCGCAGAGCGUCCACUUGCAGCCGCUGGGCAGAGCGUCGGGGCCGCUGGACACCAGCCAGACGGCCAGCUCCGAUUCGGAAGAUGUUUCCUCCAGUGACCGGAAAAUGUCCAAAUCGGCGUUAAACCAGACCAAGAAACGGAAGAAGCGGCGGCACAGGACGAUCUUUACCUCCUACCAGCUGGAGGAGCUGGAGAAGGCGUUCAACGAGGCCCACUACCCAGAUGUCUAUGCCCGGGAGAUGCUGGCCAUGAAAACGGAGCUGCCGGAAGACAGGAUACAGGUCUGGUUCCAGAACCGCAGAGCCAAGUGGAGGAAGCGAGAGAAGUGCUGGGGCCGCAGCAGCGUCAUGGCGGAGUACGGGCUGUACGGGGCCAUGGUGCGGCACUCCAUCCCGCUGCCCGAGUCCAUCCUCAAGUCUGCCAAGGACGGCAUCAUGGACUCCUGUGCCCCGUGGCUCCUGGGGAUGCACAAAAAGUCGCUGGAGGCGGCGGCCGAGUCGGGGAGGAAGCCCGAGGUGGAGCGCCAGGCCCUGCCCAAGCUCGACAAGCUGGAGCCGGGGGAGCGGGGUCCCGAGCCGCAGGCGGCCCUCUCCCAGGAGGAGCUGCGGGAGCACAGCAUCGCGGCGCUGCGGGCCAGAGCCCAGGAGCACAGCACCAAGGUGCUGGGGACUGCGCCGGCGCCCGGCAGCCUGGCCCGCGGCGCCGAGGAGCCCGAAGAGGCGGCGGCGGCGGCCGGGGACGAAGACAGGCCGGCCGGGAAGCUGAGCCCCCCGCGGCUUGAGGACGUGGCUUAG